AUGUCAAAAAUUAAGAAGAAAAAACUUGGGUAUGUGUUUCGUGUACCUGGUAUGUAUGCAGAAGUACCAUACGAGAUUCAGGAGAUUGUGAGUACCGGGAAGCUUUCCAAGUUGGAGCACUUUGAGACAGAUGAAAAGGUUCGUACAGUCAGCCUAUUUGGGGAAGUAUGGGGCAUUGGUCCAGCGACUGCAUUGAAACUUUAUGAUAAAGGACACCGAACUCUAGAUGAUCUGAAGAAUGAGGAUUCAUUAACAAAUGCACAGAGGUUAGGAUUGAAAUAUUUUGAUGAUAUCAAAACGAGGAUUCCACGUCACGAGGUUCAAGAGAUGGAACAACUUCUACAGAAAGCUGCUGAAGAAAUUUUGCCUGAGGUGGUGGUCAUAUGUGGAGGAUCAUAUAGACGUGGAAAAGCUUCUUGUGGGGAUAUGGACAUUGUAAUCACACAUCCUGAUGGAAAAAGUAAUAUAGGGUUUUUACGGAAAUAUGUAAAGCAUCUGAAGGAUAUAAAGUUCUUAAGGGAAGACUUGAUCUUUAGUAUUCACAGUGAGGAGGAUACUGACACAGGGGUUGACACAUAUUUUGGUCUUUGCACGUAUCCUGGUCGAGAACUGCGACAUCGCAUAGAUUUGAAGGUUUAUCCCAGGGACAUAUAUGCAUUUGGACUAAUAGCUUGGACAGGGAAUGAUGUAUUAAAUAGGAGGUAUGUUCACUUCUGUCAUCUGAUUUAACGGACUUUCCUAUCUUCUAAGGGAUACAAAGAUUGUCAUAGGUGUGAUUAAUUUCUUCUUUUUACAUGUUAACUGCCCAAAUGUAUGAAGAUUGUAUGUUUGCACAUGAACAUAGUAUAUGCUGUGUGCAUUCACAAACUUUUC